UAACACCCCUCUUUCCCAUGCUUUUUCUCUUCUUAUUUAAAGACCCUUUCUCUCUUCUUCUUCUCUAUCUAACAUUUUCUUGGAACCCAAGAAGAGCUCUCUCUCUACCUUCUAUUACUAGCUAGAAUUCAUUUUUUAAAUGGCAGGAAACAGUAAAGUAGUUUUUCAAGAUUUCUUUCCAUCGAUGAUUGAAAGAUUAGGAGCCGAAGGAUUUGUUAGGGAACUCUGCAAUGGGUUUCGUCUUCUCAUGGAUGUCGAAAAGGGUCUUAUCACAUUUGAGAGCUUAAAGAGAAAUUUCAUGCUUUUGGGGUUGCAAGGCUUGAGUGAUGAUGAGUUGAUAUCUAUGUUGAGGGAAGGAGAUUUAAAUGGAGAUGGGGCAUUGAAUCAAAUGGAGUUCUGUAUUCUCAUGUUUAGAUUGAGUCCAGGUUUAAUGAAUGGAUCGAGAAGGUUGCUUGAAGAAGCUGUUGCAAAUGGGUUGUAAGCUUUUUUCUAUGUCAAAAAGUUUAUAGAUUAAUAUUGUCUUUCAUGUAAUUUGGUAA